AUGUUCCGAAGUAAUUAUGUUUCUAACAUUAGUCAACGCAGUUAUAUUAGACAAAGAUAUAGCGCAUUCAAUAUAGCUUCGACGUUAAACAGAAAAAAUGAUAACAAAGCUACAGAUAGUAAUGAUCAUGAUAUUAUAGAUAUUUAUGAUGAAAACGAAGAAAUGAAGCCAACCAUAGAUACAAAAAGUGCAGAAAGUGAAAAAGUGAGCGAAGAUAAUAUAGCGUUCGAAAGUGAAUAUGAAAGGAUGAUGGAGGAGUUUAAUGAGGGCGACGAAUAUGAAGGUGAUAGAGGAGGUAAUGAAAAUGAAAGUGAUGAAGAAACAAGCGAAGAAGCAUCAGAAGAGGAAAUCAUUGAUCAACCUCUCAAUAAUGAACAACUGCCACAUUUCACACAGUCAAAUGAAUUCAAUCCAUAUUUCAACAAUAUCACUGAAUCCCUGUUUUUUUGUUGGAUGUAA